ACCGUGGCGUGUGUAUGCUACGGCAAGCAGAAUAUAGAUUCAUGGAAAAAGCACCAAUGGACGAGCUUCUACUCUCCAACAUCCACAUAAUGAUAUUAGCUGCCCUUCUCCUGCUCAUUCAUGGAAAGGGUGUUGUAGAGUCAUCAUCAUCAUCGUCAUAUUCCUAUCUAAAUGAUACAGUCAUCGGCUGUAUCGCCCAUGAGAGAUCCGCACUUGUUGGCUUCAAAGCAGGCCUCUCAGACCCUGCAAACCUCCUUUCAUCGUGGAAGGGUGAUGACUGCUGCAAAUGGAAGGGCGUCCAUUGCAGCAGCAUAAACAGCCAUGUCGUCAAGCUCGAUCUCCCGGGCCCUGGUUGUGAACCCAACUUCAUCGCGCCGACGCAGAAGCUAGGAGGCAACAUUAGCUCCUCGUUGCUUGGUCUACAAUAUCUACAAUAUCUCAACAUCAGUUGCAAUUUCUUUUAUGGGGUGCAAAUACCGGAGUUCCUUGGUUCUCUCCACAAGUUGAGAUAUAUCGACCUAUCUGGCUCAGGCUUCUUUGGAAGAAUUCCACCGCAACUGGGUAAUCUCUCCAACUUACGAUACUUAAAUCUCGCCUAUGGUGCUGGCACAUACUCUAUGGAUAUCACCUGGUUAUCACACUUAACUUCCCUAGAGCACCUGGACCUGAGCGGCACGAACCUCGGUAGAGUUGUUCACUUGCUUCCGGUGGUGAACAUGAUUCCAUCUCUGAAAUUUCUUAGUCUUAGUGGUUGCAAUCUUAGACCUAGCUAUGGUUCACUUCAGCUUUCAAAUCUAACUUAUCUUGAAACACUUGACCUUUCCUUCAAUAGCUUCCACAGACCUAUCACACCCAAUUGGUUUUGGGGUUUGACCAGCCUUAAGUUUCUAGAUAUCAGAGAGAAUGGUUUCUAUGGCCAAUUUCCAGACGAGAUAGGUAAUAUGACCUCCAUAGUAAAGAUUGAUUUAUCAUCAAAUAACCUUGUGGGCAUGAUACCAUCAAACCUGGAAAACCUAUGUAGCUUGGAAGAAUUAUAUGUAUCUGGAAAUAACAUCAAUGAGAGCAUAACAGAAUUCUUCCUACGCUUGCCUGGUUGUUCAUGGAAUAAGUUGACAUACUUGCAUGUAGAUUCUACCAAUUUGACGGGAAGACUACCAAUCAAACUAGAACCCUUAAGCAAUCUGAUCUACCUUGAUCUCAGUCUUAACAAGCUCGCUGGUCAUGUGCCACUAUGGAUAGGAGAGCUCACAAAACUAGCUGUAUUGGACCUGAGCAACAAUAACCUCGAUGGUUUCAUACAUGAAGGUCAUUUAUCAGGCCUAGAAAGCUUGGAGAUAUUGUGGUUGUCCAAUAAUUUCAUAGCCCUCACAGUGAAUUCAACGUGGGUUCCUCCUUCCAAUCUAACAUCUAUUGCACUUGGGUCAUGCCUUCUCGGGCCUAAAUUCCCGUCAUGGCUUAGAUGGUUAACACGUCUAGAAAUUCUUAUUAUCUCAAACACAAGUAUAUCUGACACUUUGCCAGAUUGGUUUUGGAUAACGGCUUCCACGUUGUACACUCUGAAUAUGAGAAGGAACAAAAUUAGUGGCUAUUUACCAUCUACAAUGGAAUUCAUGAGAGCGACUGCAAUUGAUCUUGGUUCCAACCAGUUCAAUGGCGCAAUACCUAAGCUUCCCAUUGGUCUAACCGAGUUGGAUCUUAGUAGAAAUAAUUUAGAUGGGCCACUACCAUUAGACUUUGGAGCACCUGGUCUAACAAAACUUAUUCUAUUUGACAACUCCAUCUCUGGCACCAUACCAUCUUCGUUGUGCAAACUGAGAUCACUAGUUCUGUUGGAUAUCUCUGAAAAUAAGCUAAUUGGACCAGUUCCCAACUGCUCUGUUGAAGCAUCCAAAAAUGCCAUGAGUAUUCUUAAUCUAAGCUUGAGAAACAACAACCUCUCGGGUGAAUUUCCAUCAUUUCUUCAAUACUGCCAACAACUCGUCUUUCUUGAUCUUGCACACAACCAUUUCGUUGGGACUUUGCCGACAUGGAUUCAGGAGAAAUUUCCAUAUUUGGCUUUCUUACGAGUGCGGUCGAAUAUGUUUUUUGGUAACAUUCCUGAAGAGCUUACGAAGCUAGCAAAUCUUCAGUAUUUGGACCUGGCAUACAACAAUAUAACGGGGAGCAUACCGAAAUCUAUUGUUAACUGUCAACGGAUGAUAGCCACGAGUCAUGAUCAUGAUCAUGCAUUUGUUGGUGCUUUCCAAUUCACUAUUGGAUUGUCAGACGGUAUUAUUGACACGGUCAGCUAUACUGAAAACUUCACAGUAGUCACAAAGGGUCAAGAACGAUUAUAUACAGGAGAAAUCAUAUACAUGGUGAAUCUUGAUUUAUCCUGUAAUAAUCUUAUUGGAGAUAUUCCCGAAGAAAUCAGCGCUCUUCUCGCAUUGAAGAACCUGAACUUAUCAUGGAACAACUUUAGUGGAAAAAUUCCAGAGAAUAUUGGCGCCUUGACGCAAGUGGAGUCACUCGACCUAUCUCACAAUGAGUUGUCUGGUGAAAUCCCUGCAAGCUUAUCGGCUCUCACAUCAUUGAGUCGGUUGAACCUGUCCUACAACAACCUGAAAGGAGAGGUGCCAUCAGGGAAUCAACUGCAAACAUUUGAGGACCCUGAAUAUAUUUACAUUGGCAAUCCGGGCCUCUGUGGUCCUCCACUCCCGCAGAAAUGUUCACAGCUGGAGCCAAUUCCAGCUACUCAAGAACAGCAUGAAGAUUUGAACGACGUGGCAUCGUUUUUCAUCGCUAUGGGUUCUGGACAUGUAAUGGGCCUCUGGGUAGUCUUCUGCACCUUCUUGUUCAAGAGGAAAUGGAGAAUUAAGUGGUACUCCGUCUGCGACAAGUUUUAUGACUGGGUCUUUGUGCUGGUGUACGUCGUUACCUGGGCUUCCUGGACAAGAGAAACAAUUGCAGAAGCUGAGAGUGACAACUAGCUCUCUGGUUCUUCAUUUUGUACUAUGUAGAGUGUGUGCCUUUACAUGUAUCAUUGUUAUUAAGUUCUGUUCACAGAUAUAUAAAUUUGAGGAUUAUGUUGUAGAGUAAGGUUUGGAUAUGUAAGUUGAUGCGCAAUGAAUAAU